UUCUCCUGGACGCUCAAAGAGUUUUAUCGACUCAUAAUUGCUGUCAUGGCCGAAGUUUUUAUAUCUCCUCUGCACAAUAUCCUUUCUCAUUUUCGUUUCAUCUUGACCUUGAGGUCUGAAGAAAGAAAAUAUCACGGGCUUAUUCUCUUCAGGUUAUCGUCCUCUUCGAGCAGUGCACGUUACGAGGACGAAGGGGCUGAUCAGAGAGAUCGGAGAGUAGAUGAUCUCGAAAACGAUGCUUCAGGGAAUGCCUUAAAUCGCCAAAUCUAUGUAAUGGAAGCGACUUGUCCUCAUCUGGGAGCGGAAAUGUCGCAUGCAGAUAUUGAGGAGUACGAGGAUUCGGUAGUUGCAGUAUGUCCCUGGCAUAGAUACGAUUUUGACCUAAAGACUGGAAAAAGCGAGACCGGACUUCGAACAUGCACCUACGACGUUCAAAUCAUGGCCGAUCCGAAAACCGGCGAGGAACAAGUCUGGAUGGAAGCUCCUCAGGGAGGAAGAAACUGGCGUGUCGUUGAGCUUAGGCCUGUGUCAGAUGAAUUUGCUGAUCCACCCCCAGAAUCAAUAUCCUCCCUUUCAGCAAAUGGGGUGGCUACGCCACACGCACAAGAAGCAACUGAACCUGUUGUUCCCGAGAAGAAUCCACCGAAGACCUUAAUGGAAUGGGCAGUCUUAAUACUGAAUACGCCCAACCCGACGUUGAAGGUCGAACGCACACGCUACGCAGUACAUGCAUUCCGAACAGGCGCCAUAACGUCCGUCGGUAACAAAGUUGCCCAUCCACCCGUUCCGCCUGCGCAACCUCCCCGAGAAACGUACAUGAAUAUUGUAGAACCAGGCAAGAUACAAAGUGGAAAACGGAAGAAUAAAGCAGUGAUGUUACAUGCACUUGCAAACAUCGAGCAGUGGGCAAUCGAUCUUGCCUGGGAUAUCAUGGCGCGUUUUGGACCUAUGCACAAGGAUCUUCCUCCAGCGUUCUUUGCGGAUUUCUCAAAAAUGGCGUUGGAUGAGUCGAAACAUUUUUCUCUACUUCGUGCUCGUCUCACUGCCUUUUCAACACCGUACGGCUCACUUCCGAUUCACGCUUCCCUCUGGGAUUCCGCCACCCUCACCUCUCGCUCCCUUCUUUCCCGUCUAGCUAUCAUCCAUCUAGUUCACGAAGCCCGAGGGCUCGACGUCAACCCAAAAACUAUCGAGAAAUUUAGAAAAGCUGGUGAUAAGGAGAGUGUGGAUGUGCUUGAGGUGAUCCAUGCGGAUGAGGUGACGCAUGUGACUGCGGGACAUAGAUGGUUCGUAUGGAUGUGUGAGCAGCAACAGCAAAGACAGGGUGGUCUGGAAGUAAAUCCUGUUCAGGCAUUCCGAGAGGAAGUACGUCGAUGUUGGCAUGGUGAUAUCAAGGGUCCGUUCAAUGUAGAGGAUAGAGAAAAGGCGGGUUUAAGCAGGGAGUUUUAUGACGAUCUGAAGGGGGAGAUGUCCUAUCCUGAUCAUGAAGAGAAUGCUCGGAUGACCAUGAACAAAACCGCAAAGAGUGCGGAAAUUUCUCCAGAAGAGACACAGGUGGAACAGAAGCGAGGAAACAGGGAGGGGCCGGUAUACACAGCUGGCAUUCAAGAGGCAUUAGCCGCUGUCCGAGUUACUUAUGAAACCUGAGCGAAUGAGUCGAAACCGUUGUGGCUCAGUCAACCUCUUAUUUUUCUGCCUUUUACAAAAUGAAGAUAUAUAUUUGUUUAUGAAUUACGCGACCUAGAA